AUGGACAGAAGUGGAUAUCAUGGGACUUCUAUUUCAGACUUCUCUGAAUCGGUUAUUGAUGAAGAUCGCAGUUCGUCAGACAUCAUUCCAACAAUUGAUAAUGUAGUUUUUCGUCGCAAUCGUUACAACCGAGCGCACAACCAACGUUUCCAUCAUCGUCGCAGAAACCAUAUCAGCGAACUAUUUGCUACCACUCAGGCGCCCAUUGAAAUUUUAUCAUCCAGAAAUGAUGCACGACGCAGGAGGCGUAUGCGCCGGCGAUAUUAUAAUCGUUUGUAUAGCCGUCAUAGCCACAGACGUUUGCGAAGGGGUCGUCAUGAGCAUUUCAACGAAUUACUUGCUCUCACUCAGUCGUACGAUGAAAAUGCAUCUUCCAACUAUGUCACCGAACGGAGACGUCGACAGUACGAACGUUAUAAUCGCAGGUAUGACCGCGGCCAUCGACGUAUGCGUAGUGAACAUACUGAGCAAGAUGAUUCUAACGAACUAUUAGUUAACAAUCAGUCUGAUCAUGAAUUAGCAUCAUUUAGCAAUGUUAACGGGCGACAAUACGAACGCUAUAAUCGCAGGUAUAAUCGCGGCUAUCGACGUAUGCGUAGUGAACAUACUGAGCAAGAUGAUUCGGACGAACCAUUAGUUAAUAAUCAGUCUGAUCAUGAAUUAGCAUCGUUCAGCAAUGUCAACGGGCGACAGUACGAACGCUACAAUCCCAGGUAUAAUCGCGGCUAUCGACGUAUGCGUAGUGAACAUACUGAGCAAGAUAAUUCGGAAGAACCAUUAGUUAAUAAUCAGUCUAAUCAUGAAUUAGCAUCGUUUAGCAAUGUUGACGGGCGCAGAAUUGGACAGCAUAACAGCUAUGAUUCUGGACACACUCUUGAUGCGAGCAGACAGCAUGCUAUAGAAGUACUGCUUGCUACGCACCUUAACGAUGAGCCUGCAUCUCGUAACAGAACCACAAUACAUAUCAGUCAAUGGAGAAAUCUCAUUUACAACGGCAGGCACAACGUUCGUCGCAUUCGACGUUUAAACAAUAAUCGAACUGAACAAGUUGGUCAAAGCAAUUUAUAUUCGCAUCAAUCAAACGAAUUACUUGAUGCUAGUCCAUCUCGCAAUGAAGUUACACCCUCUAGCUAUGUCGAUUUGAAUAGCCGUAGGUAUAAUCGUUAUGGUCGUCAACGUUUUCUCAGAGGUCGAAUCGGCCGUGAUGCUCAAAGGGAUUUAGACAGAUUCGAUCCAUCUAACGAAACUGUAUACUCCAGCAACAUACCUACACGUAGAAGGCGAUCAAAUAAUCGUCAUUUCCUUAGUUAUAAUCGCUAUAACCAUCGACUUAUGAGCAGAAGUCGUUCCCCGCAAGCUGACCAAAGAAAUGUAGAAUCCUAUCAUGAGUUGCUUACUCUUUCAGAAGUCCGCAAUAUAUUUGGUGACACUGGUUUGCGAAGUAAUACUGAUCGUCGACAGAAUCAUCCAAGUUCGUACAGUGGUGAAAAUGGGCAUAUGAACCAUAAUAGAUUAAAUUCAUUGUCAAAUCAUGAUGAAAUUGCAUCCGCAAGCACUGCUACUAGGCAUAGAAGACAAGGCCAUCAACUAUUUUGGCCACGUCGAACUGAGAAUCGUAAUCCUAGUAAUUUGUCAUUACUUAUACCAACAGAUAGACUCUCUGAAGAAAGCUUACCCGAUAUUGUGGUACGACUUGAUAUGGACAAUGGUGAUGAUGGUCCUUUUAUAUGGCAACAGCAACUUCGUAGUCGAUCUGGUUUAAUUAAUUUAAAUAAUGCAAAUGGUGAUGAUGAUGAAAGUAUUUACAGUGAACCAGUUCCUAUUACUAGUGAGAUGCUACAACAAAUAUAUCCUCAUAUUUUACACCAUUUAAUCGAGCAAGUUAGUCCAGAGCCCUUUAAUUAUAACCAAGUUAUAAAGUUUUACAUACGAAAUUCAAAUGUAAGCGAAACAGACGUUCUUUAUUCUCUUGUAUCAAAAAUCACUGCAGACCCUGGACUAAGAGCUAAUAAUGUGUUAAAUGAAAUGUUAGGUGUAAAUCCCUCAACUGAUCAAAUAGAAACCGACUUUACCGCAGCUGGAGAUUUUAAUUAUCCCAUUUUUGAUGAAGAGCUAGAAAUAGAGAACCCAGAUAACAUUGAAGACGAUCUCAAUGAUGUCGACGAUAGAGGCAUUAUAAUAGAAAUUCAAUUUCCACCAAACGAACAAAAUAAUGUCGAAGUUAAUGAAUAA